UGUUAAUUGAAUUAUGGAUCUAAAAAGAGGGAAUUAUUUAAGAAGUCGAUGAAUCGUAAUAACGGAAUACUAGAUAAUCUCCGAUAUGCAUAUAACGGAACGACAUCUCAUUCACUUAUUGGAUCAAAGCUCAGCGAGCUCAUUCCAACUGCAGCCCGCAGCUCCGAAACAUACGAUACCUAAUAGAGUAACUAACAAUUACGAAUUGAAGAAACAUCUCCUCCUGAAUCAUCAAUGGAAUAAGUCUGGAGAAUCUUUCUUUUCUUAGGAAUUUGAGGGUUCGAAAAGCGUGAGUCGUAACAAAAUGAAAGCUCUCACUCCUUGUCUACGCUCUGCAUCGAGCCGGCAUGGCCAUGUCCAAAACCACGUGCUACGGCAACUACCCGUAGUAGCAGCAGCAGCAUCAUCACCAUGCACCACCUAUAACAACAACAACAACAGUAGGAGACCUUUCUCGGUUCUCAACCGCCCACCACCCAGCUACCCAGGCCACGUGCCGCUAACGGGUAUCGAGCGCGCCGCCCUAGCCGUCGGCUCCGGCAUCGCGUCCUUCGUGAACCCGUACCGGGGGGACAUGAUCGCGGCUCUGGGCGAGGCCACCGCGUCGCCGUACUUCAUCCAGCGGCUGCGGCGGGCCAUGCUCGCAUCGGGCACGGGGCGCAGGAUCUUACGGGACCGGCCGCGGAUCACGUCGGCGUCGCUGAACCUGCCGUACCUGCGCUCGCUGCCGCGGAACACGGUCGGCGGGACGUACGUGGGGUGGCUGGACCGGGAGGGGGUGUCGCCGGACACGCGCAGCGGGGUGCGGUUCAUCGACGACGAGGAGUGCGCGUACGUGAUGCAGCGGUACCGCGAGUCGCACGACUUCUACCACGCGCUGACGGGCUUGCCGAUCGUGCGCGAGGGCGAGGUCGCGCUCAAGGCGUUCGAGUUCGCCAACACGCUGCUCCCGAUGACGGGGCUCUCGCUGCUGGCCGUCGCGACGCUCAAGGCGGCGGAGCGCCGGCGCUUUUUCACCAUCUACGCGCCGUGGGCGGUGCGCAACGGCCUGCGCUGCGACGAGGUUAUCAAUGUGUACUGGGAGGAGGAGAUGGAGACGGACGUGGAUGCGUUGCGGGCGCGGCUGGGCAUCGAGAGGCCGCCUGACUUGCGGGAGAUGCGCAGGAGGGAGCGCGCGGAGAAGAAGAAGAAGAAGAGGUUGAGGGAGGGGGGUGGUGGUGCGCAGGGUGUUGUUGGGACUUGAGAGAAGGGGGUAUUUCAAUUUUGUCAUUAAUAGAUAAUUUGGUCUGUAUAUCAUCAUGGCUGCUGUACUUGGGCCGCGUAGGGCGAGAACAAGCACUUUCCUACCUACACAUAUUCCCCAGAAACGCCUUUGCCAUGCUGUGCUAUCCCGUCGCAUCGUGCGCUGUCUUCUUUUGCCUCUCUCUUUUCUCCGCCGACGUCAUCGACCGACGCCUCGCCGCGACCCAU